AUGGAUGUAAUUGAACCCUCCUAUAGCCCCAUCAUUUUGGUGCCAAAAUCAGACAGGACUGUUCACUUCUGGAUCAAUUAUGGAGAGGUCAACAAGAUUGUGCAGUUCAAUAUAUAUCCCAUGCCACAUGCUGAUAUCCUGAUUGACCAGCUAGGAACCAUUCAAUAUCGGUCGGCUUUGGACUUACGCCUUCGACAAAAGAAAGGAAACCUUCCCCAGAGGCAUUGGACUGGGCCAGCUAAUUUAGUAAAAUGCAAGCCGUGUUCGCUUACACAUUCCAGCUCUGUUUGUGGUUCCGAUGGACAUACUUACACAUCCAAGUGCAAGCUGGAGUUUCAUGCCUGUACGUCUGGCAAAAACAUUGCAGUUCUCUGUGAAGGGUCUUGCCCAUGCCUUCCAGGACAAGAAAGUCCCAAGCACAAGGCUGAGAAAACUGUUUGCACAGACAAGGAGCUGAGGAACCUUGCUUCACGUUUAAAAGACUGGUUUGGUGCUCUUCACGAAGAUGCAAAUCGUGUUAUCAAGCCAACGAUCUCUGAUUCGACACAAGGCAGAUUUGACACUAGCAUAUUACCAAUCUGUAAGGAUUCGUUGGGCUGGAUGUUCAACAAGCUGGAUAUGAACUAUGACCUCCUCCUUGAUCACUCCGAGAUCAAUGCCAUUUAUCUUGAUAAGUAUGAACCGUGCAUUAAACCCCUCUUCAACUCUUGUGACUCCUUCAAAGAUGGGAAGCUUUCGAACAAUGAGUGGUGCUAUUGCUUUCAGAAGCCUGGAGGUCUCCCUUGCCAGAAUGAGAUGAACAGAAUUCAAAAGCUGGGCAAGGGGAAGGGCCUUAUGGGUGCUUUCAUUCCACGGUGCAAUGAGGAAGGCUAUUACAAAGCAACUCAGUGUCAUGGCAGUACUGGGCAAUGCUGGUGUGUCGAUAAGUAUGGAAAUGAGAUAGCCGGCUCAAGGAAGCAAGGAACUGUUAGCUGUGAAGAAGAGCAAGAAACUUCGGGGGAUUUUGGUAGUGGUGGAUCAGUGAUAUUAUUGGAUGAUUUGGAAGAGGAUCAUGAAGCAGCAAAAAAGAACAAGGAAGGAAAACAGAAGAUCCAUGUAAGAGCAGCCAAUGAUGAUGACGAAGAUGAAGGUGAUGAUAAGGAUGAUGAAAUUGGCUAUAUAUGGUAG